UUGACAAGCGGAUCUAUACUGACUGCACUUUGGUCCGCUGACCAAGCCCCCUACUGUCCAGUGAAAAUACAUAAACAAAUAGGACGUCCUACGACGGCUCAUUUCGCACCCCGCAUGGUAUCCUUUCAAGCAACCAUGCAUUCGACUUUCAGUAAAGUUGUUUGCGCCGCGAGCGCCAUCAUUGUACUAGCGAAUGCGGCACCUGCGCCUAAUCCCGAACCCCAACUUCUUUCCGGUGUCCUUGGCCUUACUGACGGAGUUCUCGGCCUUACCAACGGAAUUUUAAACGCCCUGACAGCCGACCUGAAUGGUCUUCUAAAUCCUCAACCGAAGGCAACGCCCCAGAGCACCGAAGACGUCGCUGCGUACCUACAACAGCGAUAUAAAGAUCGGCCAUUAGAUCAGGGAUUCAUUGCCCAUGGCCAUGAUUACCAGUUGAACGGGCUUAUUCCUCAAGAAAUAGUAGGAAGUACAAUCAACACCAGCCCGGCUGGCCUCAAUUCCUUCACCAAUACGAACCCGAAGGCACGCGACACCAUCUUUCCCAAAGCUGACAAUAACGACCCGUCGUACACUGUCUCUGAAGACCAGCUGCGAGCUGCGAUCUACAUCCCGUCGUCUCCUGAUUUCACCAAUGCCACCAACCCGGUUCUCUUAGUCCCUGGUACUGGAGUCUUUGGAGGUGCCAAUUUUCAGUCCAACUUCAUCAAGGUCUUACAACAAGACCCCUCAAUUGGACAGCCGGCGUGGCUCAACGUUCCGGGCGCGCAGCUUGGCGAUGUACAGACAAACAGUGAAUACGUCGCCUACGCAAUCAACUACAUCAGCUCUAUCACCGGGGGACAUAAAGUAAAUGUGAUUGGAUGGUCGCAAGGGAAUCUCGACACGCAGUGGGUGUCAAAGUACUGGCCGUCAUGCCGUAGCAACAUCAAACAACUCAUCUCAGUUUCGCCUGACUUUCACGGAACCACAUUGGCGAAUUUGCUCGAUCUUCCCGCAGACUUGGGUCUUUUGCCAAUGUCCCCAGCAUUCUUGCAGCAAAAACGCGAUUCGAAGCUUAUAAAAGCUCUGCGCCGGGAUGGCGGAGACAGCGCAUAUGUCCCCACCACCUCGUUUUACUCUGCGCUGUUUGACGAGGUUGUCCAACCAAUGUCAGGCAAGGAAGCCUCAGCAUAUCUCGAGGAUGUUCGCGGAGUUGGGGUGUCAAACAUUGAGAUUCAGUCUGUGUGUGGAGCGGCACCAGCUGGAGUGUUGGGUACACACGAGAGCUUGUUGUUCAACGGGCUAGUGAUGAACCUUGCCAUUGACGCUCUGAGGAAUGGUGGACCAGCACAAACGUCGCGAAUUGAUCUCGCUGCUGUAUGCCAACAGGCUGUGUACCCCAGCUUAGACCUAGGUGACGUCAUAGCAUCCGAGGCCACCAUCCCUACUGGCGCAAUCAACAUUCUCGAAAAUAUUAUGAACGGCGAUGCCGUCUAUACUGAGCCGGCCCUACGAAAGUACGCUGCUUAA